AUGUGCACAUCCAUCUACUACGAAGCCAUCACAGUCGAACACGAUAACACCUACACAACCAACUUUGUCCUCGAGCUUGCAAUCAACAUCAACGUUAAGUUUGAUAGCAUGUCCACUGGGUGGUUGCCGAGCUAUCACCUUGGGUCGAGGGAGAAUGAUAGGAGGUCAUUGUGGAGUGCAAUAGAAGGUGGACCCCUUUGUUUCGAAAAAAAAAACUUAAAACUCUCUCAACUCUCUCUUACCCCUCCAAGUUCGGCUUUGGGCUCCAGCCGUCACCGGCGACGGCGCCGCCGUCCGCGGUGGCUGGAAAAUCGAAAGAAUGCCAUUUUUUGGCUUUUCGACUCUCCGAGCCUAAAUAAUAUCGUUUUUCAUCAGAAACGACGAACCUCGGCCUCCCACGGCGGGGCAAAUGCAAGAAAAGGUACGGAAGCCAGUUGUGGAGGUACGGAGGUUGACGUGGCGGUGGUGGCGCGCGAUGGGCAUACUGACAUGCGGCGUUGGAGGCUAGGCCAAGGAGCCGUCGCAUGCCCACCACGGUAACCAGUCAUUGGCGACCGUCGCCUUCGGUGGUCAGAAACCCCCAAAAAGAGCCCUUUUGAUCUUUUAAACGCGUAAAACUCGAAUCAUGGCUUAGAACCCCAAAAAAUCGACUAAAAUUCGACCAGAGGCGAAGAGACCUUUCGAUAUCUCCCUUUUCCGAUUGGGGCCUUCGACAAAUCCCAAGUGAUUCGAAGCCCUCUCAAGUUAGAGAAGGAGGCCUUCACAAUAGAGGCGCGGCGAAACAGGUAAAAGAAACUCCUUUUCGUUUUUAUAUUUUUUUUAUAUUUGCUUCAAAAAAAAAAAGAAUAUAAAAGAACCACCUUUUUUUCAAGAACUUUUUUUUUUCGUAUUCUUUGUUCGAUUGGUUGGUCUUCUUUUUGUUACAAGCUAUUUUCGGCCUUUAUAACAAAAAUAUAAUACAUUAUAUUAUUUGUUUUGUCUUUUCUUUCUUCUGUUUCUGUUUCUGUUUCUGCUUCUGUCCUUUGUUUUUGUUUUUUUGUUGUUUUGCAAGUGUUGGUGGCAGAGGAGUGAAGUCAACGGCAUGCCUGCCGACGUGGUGAGACUGCGGCACAAGAAGGGGGCUAGGGUUUCUGAUUUUUUGUUGAAGUUUUGGGUUAUUGGGCCGUUGGGUAUUUGGGCUUGUAUUUUGUAAAUGAACUCUUUUUGAACUUUUAUUAAUUUUCUGGUUUAUUUGUUUUU